CCCCCCUGCCUCCUAGCAGUGUAGAAGUUACAUUCAUCACCAAUAGCAGCCUCUCUCUGAGGUGGACGUAUAACAGUAACAUGACCUACAUAGAGAGCUGGAACCUGACCUACACCAGUCUGACAGACGGCAUGUCUAACACAGUUAAUGUCCAGGCCAACUCAUCAGACAGUGCGGUCAGAUACAAUAUCACUGGACUUACUUCUGGACACACCUAUAAUAUCACCAUCUACAGUAUUGUGCAAAAGUCGGUCUCCAAGUCUGUUCAUUUGAAUGAUUCUGUCCAGCCAGAAAUAAAGACAGUUUUGUCGGAGGGAAGUGUUGGGAGUAAAAACAUCACAGUCUUGUACACUGACACUGACAACUACUUUGAGUAUUAUCUGUUUGAGCUGGUGGCCACAUCAACAAUAGUGAAGAAGAACAGGACAGACCCCGAUCGCAGCGUGGUGUUCUCAGGUCUAGAGGGAGGAACCCAGUAUAGUAUCAAAGUGACUGCUGUCAGUGGGGACCAGUCCAGUUCUCCCACUUUUAUACAGAUACGUACAGUGCCAGAGCUACCAUAUGUUGGUAGGGAGAAGACAGCCAAUUAUAUAAAGCUGACCAUCCAUAGACCAAGUGGUAAUGUGGAUUCUUACAGAGUCACCUGUUCACAAAGCUGUGGUUCUGAAACAAGGCCAGCAAACCAGACAACAGUUGUGAUAGAGUUCGGUCCUCUGAAUCCGUACACAGACUAUCAGUUUGAGAUUGAGGCCAUUGCUGGCGACAAGCACAACUCCCUCUUUAUCUCCUCCAGGACAGAAGAAACAGCUCCCUCUGCUGUGCAGAACUUGAAUGUGGUUGAGAUUUCACCCAGGACUGUAAAUGUGAGCUGGUCACCCCCAAGAAAUCCCAAUGGAAUCAUCCGUUCCUAUCGCAUAUCAUAUACUGCCGAGGAUGAAUUUGGACACAUUAUGGACCAAGGAGAGAAGGACAUUGGAGUGACCACAGAACUUAUGGCCGCUCAGAUCAUCAGGGAGAAAUUCACAGAGCUGAAGGCUGGACUUAAAUACACAUUCAAAGUGUCAGCCAGAACUGUCAUAGAAAACAUUCCAGAGAAGUUUGAGAUUGUUCUACGCACCUACAAUCCACCUAUCAAAGACAGCCUGACCUUGAGUCAAACAAAACCAAAGCAGCUGACCAGUGGAGGUCAAACUGUGACCCCCUCCACCAUUACUGCCAACUUUACCAAUGCCUUCUCUGAUAAGUACGGCAGUAUACAGGCCUACACAGUCAUUAUAGCCACAGACCCUGACGAGGAGCACAUCAAAACCAGCACCCUGCCGGACUGGAAAGCCGCCCAGAUCAACCCAAACAUCAAGGCCUACCAGACCAUUCGGAACUGCUCAGACUUCUUCCAGCUGACCUCUUCCUGCGGUCGAGCUCGGUCCAGGCGGAGCGUGGGGGAUAAGAAUUAUAAAGUGUUUGAGAUUGGUGUGGAGGCUGAUUGUAAUAAUGUGCUGUACUGUAACGGUCCACUCAAACAGAACACUAGGUACUACAUCAGACUGCGGGCUUACACAGCAGGGGGAUAUGCUGACACUGCCUACUCAGAUCCUAUCAUCACAGGGACAGUCCCCACUUCAGAUGAUGAUGCCAAUGUUGGAGCAAUCGUCGCAGCUGUCGUCUGUUCUGUCUUUGUCAUUGUUUUUAUCAUCGCCAUCUUCUUCUUCCGAAGUCGGUUACAAAAUAAGAGAGCUGAGGGACCACCGGGUCAUUCUCCCAGAACAAGCUUCACUCGACACAAGAAAAGUCAUGAGUUUAAGGUGGCAGACUUCAAGGAGUAUAUUAAGACCUUGUCAGCUGACUCAGAUUUUAAAUAUGCUGAACAAUUUGAGGAUCUGAAGGAGGUAGGAAGAGACCAGUCCUGUUCUGCAGCCGAACUCCCAGUGAAUCGUGGGAAGAAUCGGUUUACCAAUAUUUUACCGUACGACCAUUCCCGUGUCAAACUGCUCCCCACAGAUGAUGAGGAAGGGUCGGACUAUAUCAACGCUAACUACAUGCCGGGAUUCACAUCCAAGAGGGAGUACAUCGUGACUCAGGGACCACUACCUUCUACCCGGGAUGAUUUCUGGAGAAUGAUAUGGGAGCAGAACGUUCGUAAUAUUGUUAUGUUGACUCGCUGCACAGAGAAAGGCAGGGAGAAAUGUGACCACUACUGGCCCACUAAUUCAGACGCCAUGUUUUAUGGAGAUUUACAGGUGGCUGUUCUCUCAGAGACUCGCUUCCCCUCCUGGACCAUCACAGAAAUGAGGGUAGCUUAUGGUAACGUCACUCGACCCAUCAGACACUUUCACUUCACUGCUUGGCCGGACUUUGGGGUACCAGAGAAGCCUCCCACCCUGAUUAAGUUUGUACGCAUUGUUAGAGAUCAGAUGAUUAGAGAGUGUGGCCCCGUUCUUGUUCACUGCAGUGCUGGUGUUGGGAGAUCUGGCACCUUCAUUGUGUUGGAUCGACUGCUACAGGAAAUCAAAGAGCGUGAUACAGUGGACAUCUUCUCCAUUGUACAUGAUCUGAGGAAGGAACGGGUCUGGAUGGUACAGACAGAGCAACAGUAUGUGUGUAUACACCAGUGUCUACUGUGUGUGUUAGAGGGGAGAGAAGAGGAACACGUGUAUCAGAAUGUAGGCAUAGCUAACGCAGCUUUUGAUGCUGAUGAUGAAGGCAUAAAUGUAGAAAUCCCCUGAGAGGACCUCACUGCCAAACUAUACUAGUGUUUCCCCCUAAGGGGCCCCAUGUCUUCUGAUAUAUGUGUCCUCAUUCCUACAGGAUAUGUUGUUGGAACUGAGUAUUUUUCUCUUGACAAGGAAUACAUCACAUUUUUAAACAUCAUUCUAAUUUAAAAAUUACAAUUAACUCCCUUUAUGAAGAUUACAACGAAAUUUUUAUUGUGGGCCCACUAGUACCUGCAGAUUUUCCCCAUAUUUCUACUGCAUAAUCCCACCACAUUCCAUAAUUAUAAACUGCCAGUACAUUUGUAUUUUUCUGAUUUUUUUUUCAUAUUUGAUAGAUAUUCAAUGUUUUUUUUUAAUUGUUAAUUUGCUUCUAUUUUUAUUGAGGUAGUGAUAUUACAUGAUAAGGUUGUGUGUUUAUUCUAUCAGAAUUGUUGGUGCUGUCAAUACUGUGUACAUAUCCAUUCCAUAUCCAUGUAUAUUGUUUUAUUUUUUACGAUAUUUAUUAUAUUUAUUGUUUGACCAUGUUGUUUACUGGAAUGCAUAUUUUUUUAAAAAUGACAUCGAAAGUUAAAAGUAUGAGUUAUUGUCACAAAUUAGAAUUGACCAAAACACUUUGUGAACAAACUUUCUUCUGAAAUUAUUUUUGAAGUCAUGUACAUACAAAGUUUUGACAUUAUAAACAAAGGAAGCAUUUUUAAAGUCUGUGUAUUGUGCCAUUACAAUUAGAAAUAUAUUUAUUUUGGUUACACUUGAAUUUUUGCAUUUAACGUUGUUUAUUAUUGUGCCUUAUGUAGUACAUGUAUGUACUCCUGUAUAAUUAAGAUAUGUUUACAAGAACAAAGGCCUUGCAUAUGUAUUUGUUAAAACAGGUUGUGUGGUAUUAAAUUUUUUUUUUACAAAAUAAUUUUGUAGAAUGUUCAGCAUUCCUUUUAAUUAAAACUUAAUUUUUUAUUAAAUUCUUUCACAAGAAUAGGAGAUGUUGAUUUUAAAUUUACAUCCGUUUAACUCAUAUGUGAUUGUUACAUAAACAUCAACAGAUUGAAUGCAGACUUUAUAGAAUAUACAAGUUGUGAUUUUGAGCAAACAUCUGUUGUUGA